AUUGGCUCUACUUUAACUUUCCUCAACAUCAUAUUCUCCAAAAGAAGUAUUCAGCAUGUCGAUUACCCACAUAGUUCUUUUCCAGUUCAAAUCAGACGUGGCUGCUGAAGUCAUUCAAGAUGCCUGUGAGCGUAUGCUUGCUCUCAAGGACAAUUGCGUCCAUCCCACCUCACAACAGCCCUAUAUCAAAUCGUCGUCUGGCGGGAAGGAUAACUCUCCCGAAGGCAUCCAGAAUGGAAUUACACACGCAUUUGUUGUAGAGUUUACGAGUGCCGAAGAUCGAGACUAUUAUGUAGAAAGCGAUCCGUCUCAUCUGGCUUUCGUUAAAACUCUUGAUGGGCUCAUUGAGAAAGCACAAGUCAUUGACUUCACCGAUAGAGUUCUCUGAAGUUCUCAGUCACUGCUUCAAGUGUCCACAUAUCUGCUACUUUAAUGGGACAUAGAGUCUUGGCUUUUGUAGAUAUUGUGAAAGAUAGACCGCAUGUUAUGCUCGUUCGUGAUAUAUAUAUACCACCAAUUGUUUC